AUCAAACUCAUAAUCACAAAUAAAUUUGAACAUGUUCUCCCAGCAUGUACAGCUCUAUACCAUAACCUGCAUGAUUAUUAUGCAGGGCACCAAGAUGAAAUUAAAUGAAAUGGACCAGAGCCCAGGCAGAUGCCAGGCUUCCCUGCACAGCUGGGUCUUUGCUGCUGGUCUCCUCUCUCUGGAUGUUAUAUAGGCUCUGGCCUCCAGGGAGUAAUUUUCCACUUCUGCUGCAGGUGGAACAAGUCAGCCAGUUGGCCGUGUUUAUAGAGGCAGCAUUAGACUAUCACAGACAGUCCACAGAGAUCCUGCAGGAGCUUCAGACCAAGCUACAGAUACGAAUAUCAGCUGCAUCCAACAUCCCCAAACGAGAGUACAAGCCAAGGCCUGUGAAGAGGAGUUCUAGUGAGCUCAACGGGGUUUCCACCACCUCUGUAGCAAAGACCACAGGUUCUAACGUUCCCAUGGACCAGCCCUGCUGUCGUGGCCUCUAUGACUUUGAGCCAGAAAACCAAGGAGAAUUAGGAUUUAAAGAAGGGGACAUCACUACAUUAACCAAUCGAAUAGAUGAAAACUGGUAUGAAGGAAUGAUACACGGGGAAUCCGGAUUCUUCCCCAUUAAUUACGUUGAAGUGAUCGUGCCUUUACCUCGGUAAAUGUGUAACUCAAACUUUGGACAUACUUUCACAACUGAAAUGAAUUCACGCCAGUGUUGUCUCAGUGUGGUGUUCUGUGACAACGUUGCUCUCUGACCAACUUAACGACUUUUGUAUGUGUGUUCUCUUUAUAAUGUAUUUUGUAUCAAUUUAAUUUGUAUAAAUGAUUUUCCUGUCCUAGCUACAUGAAAAUAGUUUUCUUUUUUGCCGAUUGUCCUAAAAGUCAUUGGUUAAACGUGUGUAUUUCCUGUUGCUAAAAAUAAGUCUCACCCACUGCCGUUAUGUCAGCGAAUUGCCUAUAUUCCUCAGCUGCGAGAGAAUGCCACAGCUGAAACUAAGAAAUGCUAAAUAUUUUGUUUCUUGACAUUACCGAUGGCAUCUGGUCUUUUCCCUUCAUCAUGUUUAAGCUUACCUGUGAAUAGCCCAAUAAAGAUGACACACUGUGUUGGCAAAAA